AUGGAGACCUCCUUACACGAGGCCAAGCUCGGGGCCGAACAACGACAGUGCACCGUGUGCAACAAGCCCUCCACACUGCGCUGCUCGCGGUGCUCCGGAGCGUGGUACUGCGGCAAGCCUUGUCAGAAGGAAGACUGGAGCGCGCACAAGCUGCUCUGCCCGCAGUACAAAGACUUCCAGACCGCGCCGAACGGCCGAAAGAACGUGCAUCGGGUCAUCUGCUUCUCAGGGACCAACAUCGAGCCUUUGGUCAGGUUCCUGUGGGUAACUCGGUCGGAGUUGUCGGCGCACGUCCGUCCAGCGCGCAUCCACGAGAUCGCAGACAAUGAGAUCCGCAAUCGACCGUCGAAGAGGGGGCUUAAGCUGUGGCAUAUGAACCAGUCUUUCCUGGACGCUGUCGAACCGAACAUGGGUGUUGUUGCUGCUACGAAGGGGAGGGUUACUCGCCAUUGGGCGGGUCCGGUUUUUGUGGUGGGCGGUGACCGACCUAGCUCGCAGUUUUUCGAUGUCACCAUUGAAGAUUUACGGGACGUGGUGGAUUACCUCGUCUCGCCCGCAGAUCCCGAAUCCGGAUCUGACUCGAAUACGGAUAAGGCUUUAAGCGUCGGCGAAGAAACCCUCUGCGAGGAAGCUGUCGAAGUGCCAUUCCCCAGUAUUAACGACCAUCGCUACACGGUUCCGCCACUAUCGACGCGGGUCGGUAUGCAGCUCGGGCUGAGGAAGCUCCCAGCCCAAGUUGGACGAGAGGGGAAAAACCGCGGCAAUCAAGCCGUGACGUUCCUCCACUUGGUCGAUGAUCCGGAGAAUGAUUGGUGGGGCUGGGCACGAGGAGGAUGGGAAAACCCCGCUGGAAGCGUGAUCGUUGUCCGCUCGGACGGCGAGGAUCUUCACCCGCUCCAUGCGGAAGGGUUGUGCUAUUUCGGCCAGUUUUAUGCGGGUGUUAUGUUCGAGGACUCGAUGGGUAGCGGAUGGCGGCCCGCGACCGCUCUCAGUAAGGAUGAGGUGCUAUACAGGAUCUCGCCGAAGUCCUUUCAAUUGUUGUAUGGCGGAUGGACGCAUUCCAAACAAGUGGAUGGUGAGAAGUGGAUCCCGCCUCCCAGAAUUGACAGUCCGAUCGGAAAGAGGAGGGUCCUCCGUGAAAAGUUCUGUGUUCUCUCCGAGUUUUUGUGAGUUUCUUGGGCUAAUUGUUUGUGGUUGACUGUUCUGGAUCUUUGGUGGUCGUUGGUCUUUGGUUUCAUGGUUUCCUUUUCGGAUGGUGCUGGGUGGCCAAUUCUCUCCCGAUCGAUUGAGAAUAUUUGCUCUCGCUCUGUCAUCCUGUUAUUCUCGUCCAUUAGCUGCGUCUUGUCUUGUCGUGACCUGUGAUUUGUCAUUGGGGAUAGUUAUUCUACUCAUUGAUGUUCUCGAGUUGUCGACCCCGCAAUAUAUGUACAUAAGUGCUGUUGUGGAU